AUGGAAGGUGAUAAAUCGGCAGGAUUGAGUCCAGUAUCCGAUGAUGAUGGACCCUCGGAAGACGACGAAGAGUCUGCCUUCCAUAGAGAAAUCAUACUUCAAGACAAUUAUAGUGAGGAAGAUGAUGAUGACAGUGAUGGCGAUAGACCUUUGGGCGCCUACCGGGCGUACCGUCGAGCGUCACCUCCAAAUCAUAGAGGCUACUACGGUCAAAGAGGCGGCAAUGGAACACUCUAUAUGGGAGGCCGUGUGCAGGAUCGUGGACGUUAUGUCCGUUUUGCUCAACAUCCAACGCAUAUUCCAGCCAUGCCAUUCAAACAUAUGGGAUAUGGGUUGCCCACCGGCAAUGGAGUAUACACAGGAUACAAUGUAUUGGAUGCAUCCGCACCACCUUCCAAAGAAACUCCAAAUAUCUCGCUUCUCAGCCUACUGCCGAGCCGUAUAGUGGGUAGUGCUGUAGAAAUGUCGAAAUACCUCUCCGAGUAUGUUGCUGCUCACCCCGAUCUAGAAGAAAGAUUAAGGAAUAUCCCAGAACUAGACAAAAGAAAAGAGUUUGGUGAACAAAUAUUCCCAGAAUCUGCACUUACAGGUAGAUUGAGGGCGAUAGAUACAACUCAAGCUGCUAUCGAAGGCGCUGCAGCCUUAGCUGCGAGACACCCAUACCCACCAGGGGCGCUAAUGCAGUUGAUGCAUGAUAUUUUCGUUUCUAUACCCACAAAUGCUGCAGCUACCAGAUUAGGGAUAUUCUACGUAUACAACCAUCUCGUACAUAAAUUUGUGAAAGCUUCGUGGGACAAUAAAACCUCAUUCGUAGAAACGGGACUCAAUCGGUUCUGCAUACCAGCCAUAAUGCACAUAAAUAGAAUCCAUUGCACAACCGCAGUGCAUAUUAUCACCUGUAUCAAUGUCUGGAGGCAGAGGCGUAUCUACGAUGCAGAGACAUGCGACCAUCUCGAGGAGCUAUUGAAUAACAGCGACGAUAAACGUUCCACGAUAGAAUUGCAAACAGACACAACCACCUAUACUGUAAAUAGCGAGGUGGGAGCUGUAAAAACGCUUAGAUACCUUUUCAAAAUGCCACUGGUAGAUUGCAGCUACGAAGAGGCUGUGGAGGGUGUAGAUGAGGCCGCAAUUGCCGACUCGGCGGCACCACUGCACGACAAGAGUGUAGCCGAAGCGGCAUCUAAGGAUAAAUACGCUGCGUUCGACCACGUAAGCCGGCUAUCUGGUCAGGAAUUGAUACUAUUGCACAGCAGCUCACUUGACCUCGCUGCAUUAAUAGAGGAGGGAGACAAACAUCUAUACAUGCUAGACAGGGAAAUCGCGGAACUUUUAUCACAUGUCAAGCAAAUGUGA